AUGGAACCAUUAACCAAGCUUCUCAACUCUUCGGCAAGGCUUGGUCGAUUUGAUCUCCAUUCCAGGUGUGUGGAUCCAUUACUCACUCAUCUGGUUUUUGCUGAUGAUCUGAUCAUAUUUAGCAGGGGGAACCUUGACUCAGUCUCAGCAAUCAUGGGCAUCCUUGACUCCUUUGCACAAUGGUCAGGUUUAGCCAUGAAUCCCGAUAAAUCUGAGCUAUAUUUGGGAGGGCUGUCGGAUCAGGAGGCGAACAGACUCAGCUCUUCUAUGGGUAUACGUUUGGGAAAACUGCCGAUGAUCUACUUGGGUCUUCCACUCAGUCCUUGGAAGCUCUCUAAGCAUGACUUCCAACCGCUUAUUGAUAGAAUUGCUAGACGGCUCACCUGCUGGACUAGCAAGUUUCUUUCUUAUGCGGGUCGGAUUCAGCUCAUUUCCUCCGUCAUCUAUGGGAUGGUAAAUUCCUGGUCACAAUCCUUUCUCAUUCCCAAAGGUGUAUUACGCAUAAUUGAUGGUCUCUGCUCGAAAUUCCUAUGGAAGUCUAGCACUAGCACAAGGGGGGUAGCAAGGGUCGCUUGGGAUGAUGUAUGCAAGCCAAGAUCUGAAGGAGGGUUAGGUAUCCGCAAGCUCGAGGAUUUUAACACUGUCUUCAGAUUAAAACUGGUAUGGAUGUUAUUUCAGGAAUCCGGUUCCUUAUGGGUGGCGUGGUUAUGGCGGAACUUCUUGAAGCGCAAGGGAUAUUGGGAUACUUCACAUUCUCCUAGGUUCUCAUGGAACCUACGAAAACUUCUCCAUUUGAAGCCGGUAGUUAGGCAAUUUCUUCGUUGCUCUUUGGGUGAUGGAAAACGAGCUUCUUUUUGGUUUGAUGAUUGGAUAGAUCUAGGGCCUCUGAUUGAGUUUGUAGGGGAGGAUGGACCCCGACUACUGCGGAUCCCACGGCAGGCCAGAGUUGCAGAUGUUGUCACAGACACGGGUUGGUUUCUUCCGGGGGCUAGAUCUCCGAGGGUGUUAGAGAUUCUGAUCAGACUUUCCACGAUAAGAGUGCCUAACCCGGGUAAUGGAGCAGACAAAUUCGAAUGGAAAUGUGGUCCCAAUACGUAUGGCAAUGCUUUUCCUCAGCAGCAACUUGGAAGCUUUUGCGCCAACCUUCCCCGACGGUCCUAUGGCAUAAGUUACCUUGGUUCCGAGAAGGAGUGCCUAGCAGUGAGGAGGAGACGCACCUUCACCUCUUCUUCCGAUGUAACUACAGCAAGCAGGUGUGGUUCAGGUUUGCUCGACUCAUUUGGAACUCUCCUCCAACCGAUCUUCAUAGCGUCUUGGGGUGGAUGA